AUGGACUUUUCUGAAAGUGCUAAAGGUGUGAGUGCAAUAGUCCAGCGCUCCCAAAGUUCUCCUGCCAACACCAUUUAUUCUCGGAUUACUGAUAUUCAAUUUGAUUUUAAACGGAAAAAUAAAGUAGGCGUCCAUAUUGAGAUUACUCAAUCUUCAUCAAUUGAUUUUGAAGUCGAUUAUUCACUAUUAGAUUUCAAUGAUACAUUUAAAAGAUGUUUAUUAGAAGCCCAUCUAAAUACCCUUGACGUGCAAUCAAUUGAUAAUUUAUUUCAAGUAAAACUUGUAGACCAUUUACUAGUCCAGACUAUAAAAAAAAGUAUGCAAAAAAUCAAUAAUAUGAAUUCUCAAGCUAUUUAUUUGAAGGUAAAAGAAGACCAAGAGAACCCUGAUAAAGUGGUAAAAGACUGCAUAAAAAAUGCAACGGCCGUUUCCAAUCAGAUAUUGCAGUAUAUAAAUUCAAAACAUCAGAGGAUAAAUGAAGUUAUGAAAAAGUUUACUAUGGAGGUGUAUGAAAGAGGACCACUUAUAGCGAGGUCGAUAGAGGAGCUGACUGAUAAUUUGAAUAGAAAAUUUAUUUUGACGGUAAAUCAAAUUAUUGAGCUGCAAAGAGGCCAUACGAUUACAGAAUCGCAUUUAUCAGAGCAAGUGAAGUCGCUGAUUAAUAAUUUGUAA